GCGGCUCAGCCGGGUCCCCUCAGCUGUAGCGGAGCUCCGCCCCCACCUCCCACCAGCCUUAGGCCGCUCGGGAAACACGCUUUGUCAGGAAGAUCCCGACCCUGCGAGGCUGGUCCAGCCCCGGCUUUCCUCUCCCCGCGCGGCUCCUCCAUCCUCUGAGGGGACAGAGCGGCCGCUUCAUCCAGCCGAGCGAUGGAGGGACGGCCGCAGGCAGAACCUGGAGGUUCUGCGACUGUGACAGGCGAGGGGACAGGACCGAGAACCAGUGGAAGCCUGUGUCAGGAGAGAGAGUCAGAGGAGGGCUUCUCCACGUUGGAACUGAGGCUUCUUCUCUUAGGGAAACGUGGCGCAGGGAAAAGUGCCACAGGAAACACCAUUCUGGGCAGAGAUGCGUUCAACUCCAGAUUCAGUGAGCAGAUGGUGACUGAAAUGUGCCAGAGAGAGAGUGGGGUCACGGAGGCGGGGAAGGUUAUGGUCAUCGACACCCCUGACCUUUUCUCCUCGAAAGCUUGUGCCGGUGACAAGGAGCGGCGCAACAUUGAGCGCUGUCUGGAGCUCUCGGCUCCCAGCCUGCACGCCCUGCUUCUGGUAAUUCCCAUCGGCUAUUAUAAGGCGGAAGACCAAGAAACAGUCAAGGGCAUCCAGAAAGUGUUUGGAGCUAAAGCCAGGAGGCACAUCAUUAUAGUCUUUACUCGGAAGGAAGAUUUGGAGGAUAGCUUGCUGGAAGAGUACAUCAAAAAUGACAAGUCUCUUAAGGACUUGGUUCAGUGCUGUGGCGGACGAUACUGUGCUUUCAACAACAAGGCAAGCAAGGAUGAGCGGGAUGCCCAGGUGAAGGAGCUCCUCAGCAAGGUCAAGCGUAUAGUGGAUGAGAACAAAGAACCAUACUGGGUGAACUUGAGAUAUGAAGACAGUGGAUUCCAGGAUUGUGUGAGUGAAGCUGCAUCUCAGAGGGAGGACCAUCCACAUGGAUCAGGGGAGGAGCAUCACCAGGCCACAGGAUGUGAACCAAACCCUGGGCUGCCAACACUGAAGGUCCUGCUCGUGGGGAAGCAUGGCGUGGGAAAAAGUACAGCAGGAAACAGCCUUUUGGGGAAGCGGGCCUUUGAGACCAAAUACAGUGAAAAGCCAGUAACCCAGAGAUGUAAGUCUGAGAGCAGAACCUGGAAAGGGAGAAAAGUUUUGAUCAUUGAUACUCCAGACUUCUCAUCUCCAAAGGAUGUGAAACAAGACCUGUUGCGCAAUGCCUUUCCAGGUCCCCAUGCCUUCCUACUUGUGACCCCACUGGGCUCUUUCAAUGAGAAAGAUCACAAGGUGCUGAAUACCAUUGAAAAGAUUUUUGGACGGAAAUUCAUUGAGCACGUGAUUGUUCUCCUUACCAGGAAAGAAGAUCUAGGGGAUCAGGAUCUAGAUGAGUUCUUAAAAAGCAGAAGUGGAGAGCUCUACAAGCUCAUCGAGGAAUGUAAAAACCGACACAGCAUCUUUAACUACAGAGAAGAAGAGGAACCGCAGGUGGAUGAGCUCCUGCAAAAAAUUGUGAGCAUGGUGCAGCAGAAUAAGGGCAAGCUUUGCACCUUCAAAGGAAAAGAGUCCCUGAAUAUUAUCCUUGUGGGGAGGAGUGGGACUGGGAAGAGCGCCAGUGGGAACACCAUCCUCGGAAGGCCGGAGUUCCACUCUCAACUGGGAGCACAGCCGGUCACCAGGACGUGCCAGAGUGGUAGGAGGACGUGGGACGGGCAGGAUGUUGUGGUUGUGGACACUCCUUUGCCCUGUCUGGAGUCCAGAGCUGCAGGGGGUUCACCCCAGCUACUGGAUGAGGUCAAACGCUACUAUAAAGAAGGGAGUACAGUUCUGGUCCUGGUAUUACAGCUGGGACGGAUCACUCAAGAGGACAAAACAGCAAUGGCAAAAUUAGAGACCAUCUUUGGAGCAGAAGCUAUGAAAAACACGAUUGUGCUAUUCACCCGCAAGGAAGACUUAGGGACUGGGAAGCUUAAACAUUAUGUCCAAAACACAAAUAACAGAUAUCUUAAGAACAUAAUUGAACAAUGUAAGGGGAGAUAUUGUGCUUUUAAUAACAGAGAAACUGGCCAAGCCAGGGAAGAGCAGGCAGGAGAGCUUUUGUCAGAGGUCAGUAACCUGAUAAAGUGCUUUGAAGAGUGUGAAUAUACCCAUCCAUUGGAGAAUGUAGGGAAAAUAAUGAAAAGUUUCCAGCCCCCCAAGUUAGUAGAAAAUUUAAAAACUAUGUUACUAUAAAAUUACUAAACAAUUUAAAAAGUAUGUAAGUUACUAUAGGAAGCCUCCAAAAUUACUGAAUAAUUUAAAAAGUAAAUUACUAUAGGAAGCGAAAAUGCCUGGGGUCUCUUUAAGUUAGAGAUACCCUCAGGCUACAAGCAUGGGGUGGGGCAUGGUAGGACUGGUGGGACGGGAAGAGGGUCCACAACUUUGAGGGCUUGAGAGGUAAAUGUAUCUCACCUUGUGGCGCUUCGGGUCUUUGCAGGUAAAUAAAUUGUCAGGUUGGGGCAGGUAGUAGGGGUUGAUAAAGGAGAAAGAAGAAAUGAGGUGGGGAAAUCUGGGAAAAGGCUUCAGAGAUUAGGCCAGUAUUAAGCAAAUCACAAGAAUCACUUCAUCUGUGUAGGUAGAUUGGAGUCAGGACAGACACUGGGACUGAGGCCAAGACCAGCCUGAGGUCAGAAUACAAUACUCACACGAGAACCAUGGGAUUCAGAUGCAUGAGAGUAAGGCAAUGUCCAGACAACUCCUAGGCAUGGCAGAACAGAGAUGCUGGAUUCCUGUGGGCCUCUCUGUUGCCCAGCACUGCUUGCCAGGUGCCCUGAGCUACCCAUGUCCACUGGGGCAAAUCUCAGGGCCUUCCAUUCCUCACAUGGUGGCUGCUCCUUACUUCUUUCCUCAUUCCAAGCUUGAAUGUGGAACCCAGUCGACCCUCCUUUGCUGUCCCUAAGGAAAUGAACAGGAGUCUGAAGUAUCAAAAGUUUUUAUUGCUAAUCAUUCACAGUGGAAUAGACUAGAACAAAAACUAGAAGUGUGGUAAAAUUGCCAAGGUUAGACAAUCUUGCAAAAAUUUAAAAUUCUAAGUGGGAUUCUAGAUUUCCUCUAGAAAAAGUUAUUGAAAACUCCUUUAUACUUCUCUCUCUCUUUUUCUUUCUCCCUCCCUCCUCCCCACUCUUGUCCCUGAGGCUUAGGAAUUAGGUUAAAACUCAAAGAACUCAAAUAAUAAUGGCUUAAACACAUAAGGGGUUUAUUGGGUCUUACGUCAAGAAGUCUAGGAUUAGGCAGUCUGGGACAAGUGUGACAUCGACUUUCCAGCUUCUUUCUGCCCCCACCCAUCAGCAGGCAGCCUCUACACUUAAGGUUGCUUCUUGGUUCCAAGAUGGCUGUGUCCUACUCACAGCUGAGCAGGUUAUGUUGAGAGCUGCCCAGUGUGGGUGAUAUAUGAGAACCAUGGAAUCUUCUCCCAGUUAGGUGUAAGGUCAGAUGUUUUCAAUAUUAACCACUUUAUACACACUCUGAGGACGUGAUCUAUGUCAUCUGCUUUGUAAAACUUUCAAAGUAUCAGGUUACCUCAAGAUUAACCCAUUUAUGAGAGCAUGGACUGUCACCAUUAAUACUUUUGUACUCUAUGUAACCCUUAACAUGAUAAAUUCUGGAAAAUGUGUGUAAAUAUAUUCAGU